AUGCCCAUCUGCCUUCCGACGCUCAACCAAGGAUUCGAUGGAAUGACCUGCACCACCAGCGGAUGGGGACUCACGAAAGACAAGUCCCAGGGUGGAACCAUAUCCCAGUCCCUUCAGAAGGUUGAUUUGCCUAUAGUGCCUUACGCAACCUGCAAAUCAAACUACCAAAACGUUAAUCCGGUCGUAGAAGCCACAAUGAUCUGUGCUGGUCCAAAGGCCGGCGGAAAAGGAGCCUGCCAGGGCGACUCCGGGGGUCCCCUGCAGUGCCGCAGGUCCGACGGCCGCUACGUGCUGGCCGGAAGUACGUCGUGGGGAACGACGUGUGCGGCAGCCAAUCAGCCCACUGUGUUUGGGAGAAUCUCUCCCCAGGUCAACUGGAUCAACAGCGUCGUUGGCCAAACCCCGUGA